GCGCGCUGGUGGUAGUGGUGGUGGCGGCGGCGGCGGCGACUGGGGGGGGGCGGGGAUCCUGGAUUAAGACGACGGUAGCUGCCUAGGCACCAGCGACUGGUGGUAGUAGUGGCUGCUGUGCGGCUCGGCCUACGGCCAACUUUUUAGAUUGGAACGGAACGGAACGGAACGCUCGGCGCCACGGGCCCCGCCCGGAAAGUUUGCGGAGGAGCCACGACCUCUUGGCCGGCGCGGCCCGGCAUGAAGCGGCGCUGAGGAACUGCCGCCGCCGCCGCCGCCGCCGCCGCCACUUGAGCAGGAGCGAGCUGCAGUACCCCGGACCACGCCGAUGACUACUGCAAACUGUGGCGCCCACGACGAGCUCGACUUUAAACUCGUCUUCGGCGAGGACGGGGCGCCGGCGCCGCCGCCCCCGGGCUCGCGGCCUGCAGAUCUUGAACCAGAUGGUUGUGCAUCCAUUUACAUCCUUAAUGUAGAUCCACCUCCAUCUACUUUAAAUUCACCACUUUGCUUGCCACAUCAUGGAUUACCGUCUCACUCUUCUGUUUUGUCACCAUCGUUUCAGCUCCAAGGUCACAAAAACUAUGAAGGAACUGGUGAUGUUCCUGAAUCUAAAUAUAGCCCAUUAGGUGGUCCCAAACCCUUCGAGUGCCCAAGUAUUCAAAUUACAUCUAUUUCACCUAACUGUCAUCAAGAAACAGAUGCACAUGAAGAUGACAUACAUAUAACUGAUCCAGAAGGGGAAUAUUUGGAGAGGCCUUCUAGAGAUCAUCUCUAUCUUCCUCUUGAGCCAUCCUACCGGGAUUCUUCCCUUAGUCCUAGUCCUGCCAGCAGCAUCUCUUCUAGGAGCUGGUUUUCAGAUGCAUCUUCUUGUGAAUCUCUUUCACACAUUUAUGAUGAUGUGGACUCAGAGUUGAAUGAAGCUGCUGCCCGAUUUACUCUUGGAUCCCCUUUGACUUCUCCAGGUGGCUCACCAGGGGGCUGCCCUGGAGAAGAGUCCUGGCAUCAACAGUAUGGACUUGGGCAUUCCUUAUCACCCAGGCAAUCUCCUUGCCACUCUCCUAGAUCUAGUAUCACUGAUGAGAAUUGGCUGAGCCCUAGGCCAGCCUCAGGUCCUUCAUCAAGGCCUACUUCCCCCUGUGGGAAACGGCGGCACUCCAGUGCUGAAGUUUGUUAUGCUGGGUCCCUUUCACCCCAUCAUUCACCUGUUCCUUCUCCUGGUCACUCCCCUAGGGUAAGUGUAACAGAAGAUACCUGGCUUGGUGUUUCUGUCCACAGUGGAUCUGGCCUUGGUCCUGUAGUUUUUCCCUUUCAGUACUGUGUAGAAACUGAUAUCCCUCUGAAAACAAGGAAGACAUCUGAAGAUCAAGCUGCCAUACUACCAGGAAAAUUAGAACUCUGUUCAGAUGAUCAAGGGAGUGUAUCACCAUCCCGGGAGACUUCAGUAGAUGAUGGCCUUGGAUCUCAGUAUCCUUUAAAGAAAGAUUCAUCUGGUGACCAAUUUCUUUCAGUUCCUUCACCUUUUACCUGGAACAAACCAAAGCCUGGCCACACUCCAAUAUUUCGCACAUCUUCAUUACCUCCAUUAGACUGGCCUUUACCAACUCAUUAUGGACAAUGUGAACUGAAAAUAGAAGUACAACCUAAAACGCAUCAUCGAGCCCAUUAUGAAACUGAAGGUAGCCGAGGGGCAGUAAAAGCAUCUACUGGGGGCCAUCCUGUUGUGAAGCUCCUGGGCUAUAGUGAAAAGCCGAUAAAUCUACAGAUGUUUAUUGGAACAGCAGAUGAUCGAUAUUUACGACCUCAUGCAUUUUACCAGGUGCAUCGAAUCACUGGAAAGACAGUUGCUACUGCAAGCCAAGAAAUAAUAAUUGCCAGCACAAAAGUUCUAGAAAUUCCACUUCUUCCUGAAAAUAAUAUGUCAGCCAGUAUUGACUGUGCAGGUAUUUUGAAACUCCGCAAUUCAGAUAUAGAACUUCGAAAAGGAGAAACUGAUAUUGGCAGAAAAAAUACUAGAGUACGACUUGUAUUUCGUGUACACAUCCCACAGCCCAGUGGAAAAGUUCUUUCUCUGCAGAUAGCUUCUAUACCUGUUGAGUGCUCCCAGCGAUCUGCUCAAGAACUUCCUCAUAUUGAGAAGUAUAGUAUCAGCAGCUGUCCUGUAAAUGGAGGCCAUGAAAUGAUUGUGACUGGGUCUAAUUUUCUUCCAGAAUCCAAAAUCAUUUUUCUUGAAAAAGGACAAGAUGGACGACCUCAAUGGGAAGUAGAAGGGAAAAUAAUCAAAGAAAAAUGCCAAGGGGCUCACAUUGUCCUUGAAGUUCCUCCCUAUCAUAACCCAGCAGUUACAGCUGCAGUGCAGGUGCACUUUUAUCUUUGCAAUGGCAAGAGGAAAAAAAGCCAGUCUCAACGUUUUACUUACACACCAGUUUUGAUGAAGCAAGAACACAGAGAAGAAAUUGAUUUGUCUUCAGUUCCACCUUUACCUGUGCCUCAUUCUGCCCAGACCCAGAGAUCUUCCUCAGAUCCAGGGCUCCCACAUGACAAUGUACCACUGUCAGCACAGAGAAGCUUGGUUUUUCCUGUCCAGCAACCAUAUGCAUCCAUGGUAACCUCAUCCCAUUUACCACAGUUGCAGUGUAGGGAUGAGGGUACUGGUAAAGAACAACAUAUGGCACCUUCAGUAGUCCACCAGCCUUUUCAAGUUAUACCAACCUCUCCUGUGGGGUCUUCCUAUCAGCCUAUGCAAAGUAAUGUUGUAUAUAAUGGACCAACUUGUCUUCCUGUUAAUGCUGCCUCUAGUCAAGAAUUUGAUCCAGUUUUAUUUCAACAGGAUACAGCUCUUCCUAGUUUAGUAAAUCUUGGUUGUCAACCACUGUCAUCCAUCCCAUUUCAUUCUUCAAAUUCAGGCUCAGCAGGACAUCUCUUAGCACAUACACCUCAUUCUGUGCAAACCUCACCUAAUCUGCAAUUGAUGGGAUAUCAUUGUUCAAACACAGGACCGAGAUCUCUCUCUUCUCCAUUGUCCGACCAGGUCGGGGGUCAGCUUUCUCCUCAGUUGCAACUUAUUACAUAUAGUCCUUCACAUUCAGGGUCUGCUGCCACGGUAUCCCAAACAGCCUCACAUCCAUUGGCUAGUUCACCACUUUCUGGGCCACCAUCCCCUCAGCUACAGUCUAUGCCUUACCAAUCUCCUAGCUCAGGAACUGCUUCAUCACCAUCUCUAGCUACCAGAAUGCAUUCUGGACAGCACUCAACUCAAGCACAAAGUACAGACCAAGGAGGUCUUUCUGCAUCUUCAUCCUUAAUAUGUCACAGUUUGUGUGAUCCGGCAUCAUUUCCCCCUGAUGGGGCAACUGUGAGCAUUAAACCUGAACCUGAAGAUCAGGAACCUAACUUUGCAACCAUUGGUCUACAGGACAUCACUUUAGAUGAUGUGAUGUUGUCUUCUUUGACACAGACCAGUUUAUGUCUGACUUGGAACACCAGCCAUCAGGUUCAGCAGAAAACUGGCCUACCCACAGUGAUCUCUCAUGUCCAGCUCCUUUCUGGAGAAUCUAGAGGUUUUUGCUCAUAUAAGAGACCACAAACAAACCAGGCUUGGUGGUGCAAGCCUGUAAUCUCAGUACUCGGGAGGCCAAGAAAGGAGGAUUUCCAGGAGUUUAAGGCCAGGCUGGCCUACAAAGCAAGUUCAAGUCCAAGCAAGACUACCAGUGAACGAGAUAAUUGGGAGAGAUAUGUCCCAGGUUUCUGUUUCCCAAGGCCCAAGGAUUAGCAGAGAAGCUCCUCACCUGGGUCCUGAGUCCCUGGAUUGAGGAAGAUCUGACCGGCUCUGACAGUGCUUACUGCAGCCUUGUGUUCACCAACUUCUCAGCAUGUUUCUCAUUUGGACCUCGAGUUUCCAACUCUUUUCACCUUCAGGACUGGUGCCAAGGGUUGGACUCAGCAUUUGUAGAGAGUGGCAUUCCUCCACCUCUGGCCUUGGUUAGAUUUUGUAAAAGAAUCAGAGCAGCAUGGGCUGUGGAAAAAUGAGCUUUGCAUUUUUUAUAUUUAAAUAGGAUACUUUUAUAUGAUGGGUGCUUUGAGUGUGAAUGCAGCAAGCUUUCCUUUUCAGAGCUGCUGCUUUUGCAGAUGACUUGGUUGUGUAGCUGGGAUUGGUGAUUUGUAUUUUCUGGUCAUUUGAAGGGCCCUUUAGUUUUGAUACUUUAAAAAUAGGAACUUUUGAUAAAACCUUCCAGAGGUAAAUGGGAAAAAAAAUUAUCCUAAGCCCAUUACUAUGCCUCAGAAACUCAGCAUGUGUCCUGAAGCCAUAGAUAGAUUCAUAGGAAAGAAAGCCAAAUGUAGCUCAUACUCUUUAUAAAUUGUUGGGGCUGGGGAUUUAGCUCAGCGGCAUAAGCGUCUGCCUUGCAAGUAUGCAGUCGUGAGUUUGAUCCCCGGUACCAAUAAAAAAGAAAAAGACAAAAAAAAAAAGUAAAUUGUUGCUAGAUAAAAUGACAAGAGACCAUUCCAUCAUUGAAGUGUUGGAAUAUAAAGACAUUCCAGAGCAUAGCCAUUUUAUAACUUUCUAGGUCUUCUUCCUGCAGUCUCUCCUUACUGGCUCCAUAUUGAAACUGCUUUUUUUCCUUCAGGAUUAUAGGUAAAAUGGCUACUUGCAAGGUGACUUUGAAAGCAGUCACCACGCAGUUUUAGCUUGGAAACUUCCAUGUUUUUACCAUCCUAAAAACUAGUGCUCUUUCUAUUUGUGUUAUCUGGCCCCAGAUACUUUUCCAAGUGGGAACAUCUGCCUUUGCAGGUUCUGUUACCUUUGAAGCCAGCCUCCUGAUGGCUCAGUUAUAACAGUUGCAGUUGUAACUAUUCUAGAGGCCAACCUAGCUGUGUCAGGAGCUAAACACAAAUGAGCUAUGCAUCAGGAUGGGCAGAGAAAAUGCAGAAUGCCAGAUGGGAAAGCAUAUCUCCCAUUCUGUUUACAGCUUGAAAUCAUUCUGGCCUACCCUGUCCCAUGUGGAUGACCUGAAAACCAGCCUUUUCAGAAGACAUUGAGGCAUGUCUAAAAUGAGGUGGCAUCAUAGACAUUACCCUCCACACCAAAGAUGCCCUGGUGCUGCUGCUGACUGGCAUCCAAGGCAGGGGCCAGCAGAAACUCCAGUCUGCUAUCUACCAAAGGAGGUGCCCAGGUUGGGCACUUUUUCCAAAUCCUGCCCUUAAGCCUGCCUCCAGUGGGAUUUGUUACUCAUCUCCAGGCCUAUUUCAAAAGCCCUGACAUUUGUAGUACACAUUUUUAAAUGAAAUAAUAUACUUUAUUCAAAAAGCAAAUUUUUUGAGUGCCUACACCUGAGACAGUGUGUUGGGCUGGUUGAAGACUUGAUGGAUUGUAGCCCUGGGUACCAGGACAUUCUUUACUGAGGUCAAGUCAGGCCUGAGCAAAGAGCUGGUAUGUUAGUCACCACCUCUAAUCAGCCAGGUAGGAGCUGCUGAUCCUGUGUGAAGUAUGGCCUUUUUUUUUUUUUUUUUUUAAGCCAUUUUAAAUUUCUCCCAUAAAAAUAGAGAACAGUGUCUUAUCAUUCAACAAAUCACUAUGGCCUCUCUUAAAGAUGUGUUUUAAAUUUUCUUUGGAAGUGGAUUAUGUAUCUGAAUGUGGAUAGUCAGAUUUGCGUCAAGGCCUUGGUUGGAAGUCCACAGCUUCCUUUGGAAAGGUAGGAGGUUGGCCUCUCAGGUAAAGUUCCAGAGACAUGGCCAGAAUUGCUUCUAUCCUCUUGUCCCUGGGGUAGCUGCCUCACAUAGGGUCUUGCAAAACCCUCUAGGGGCUACUUUGCUGCCCUCAAGAAUAAAAGCCUCUAUGAUCCAGAGUUGCUAUGCACCAAAUUUUGAUGCCUUUUAAAUACCUUGAUGCCUGUAGCACUAGAAAUGCUUUCCUAUUUAAAAUAAAAGUUAAAUUUUAAAAUAGAGCUUUGUAUACUAUGUAAGCAGUUUUAUAUUAGCUUUGUAAAAGCUUUCAUGUAAGAGUCAAUAUUUUUUGGCUUUGUAGAUAAAAAGUUAAAUUUUUGUGCAACAGAGUGGUAUUAAAGCACACAUUCAUUGGACUAUGCAAAUUGAUUUCUAGUAGCAGCACAGCAAUUGGGCAUAUAGUAGCACACACCCUUCCCUCUCAGACCUGUGCUAUAUGGGAAAUGGAACAAGCAGCCUUCUGCUUACUAGAGAUAUACAGAGGAAUAUGGCUGAAAAUAGCUUUAAAAGGAACAGAUGUCGAGUUUGCAUGUGGUACUGCUGCCCAGGGUCCAUCCCACCCCACCCAGGGCCAGCCAUUAUCACCAGACCUCUGCUGGGCCUGGCCAUGAAGCUGUUUGUGACAUUUAGAACAGAUGGUCAUCUUAAAGGCACAAGUUGAAACCUCGUAUUUUAUAAAAUGGAUGUUUAGUAAAGAAACUGGUUUUCAGUUAUGUUUACAGCACUUGAGAUUGUGUUUUCUUGUACAUUUUAUAUUUUAAAACCUUUUAUAGAAGUUCAGUGCUCCUUACACAAAUACAAAAGGAAGAGGCAGCUGUUCAAGCUCCUCGAUUAUACUGCUGAAAUAAUAAACAGUGACAGAUCAACAGUC